AUGGAAGCCGCUGAGGAGAGCCCGGUGGAGAUCGAAAACCUGGCGGAGACGGAAAACCUGGAGGAGACGGAAAACCUGGAGGAGAGCCAACCCCCGGCCCUGGGCGCUUCAGUCACAUCAAGAAAUAACGCAGGUAUGGACGAAGAUUUUACUUUACCAGAGGGCAAGAGGAGGCGGAAGGGGUCCCUGCCAACAGAGUCGGUGAGGAUCCUCCGCGACUGGUUGUAUGAACACCGGUUUAAGGCCUACCCUUCAGAAAUGGAGAAGCGAAUGCUGUGUGAACAGACCAGUUUGUCUUUCCUGCAGAUCUCUAACUGGUUCGUUAAUGCUCGCAGACGCCUUCUCCCAGAAAUGCUUCAACAGGAUAGAAACGACCCCAACCAGACCACCCCGCGCCACCAAAAAGGCAAAGCCGCCGAUGCAAACUCCCUUCAGAGCACCGAUCCGUCUACGCAGGUCAAAUCGGGUCCUAGAGGUUCAGACAAGGUACAAUACCUGCCCCUGUGCCCCCUGCCAAUGGGCCAGGAGUUAAGAGAGAAGCCGCCAGAUCCAGAGUCUAUACCAAGCGGGAAGCUCACUCGGAAGGCCCAGCGAAAGAAAAAGGUCAAGAUUUCCACCGUCAGACCCCUGUCUUCCCCAGAGCCUGUGUCUCCAGAGGAGUACCAGGAUUUCAGCAGCUUCCAGCUGCUUGUCGAUGCAGCCGUACAAAAGGCUGCUGAACUAGAGCUACAGAAGAAGCAAGAGCCCGAUCCAUGA